AGUCGAUUAUUAAUUUAUUUUCAUGUUCAAGUACUUUGUCAAAAUCCUGAGAUAAUGUCUCUAUAACUGGAUUUUUUUUUUUUUUUUUUUUUUGUAGGUGAAGCUAGUUUGGUAUUAUAAUAAUGCACUUGGACGAACAGAUAAAAAGAAAUUCAUAGCUCGACAUAAAUCGUAUAUUCACUACUCAAUUAAUUUGUUUUCUCCUUAUUUUCUCUGGUCAUUGUACACAAGUCCUUUGAUGUUAUCUUUGUAUUAUGACAGGUACCAUGGUUCAACUUUGAUAGCAGCAAGCCUUUCUGGCCUCCCAGCUCUGCAUCAAAAAUUUGAUCUUCCUGCUCCAUUUGUAUUGCACACUGAUUGCCCCCAUUAUCGGCGCUAUCACCAGCCAGGUGAGUCGGAGGAGGAAUUCUCAACCAGAUUAGCCAAUAAUUUGGAGAAUCUUAUCCUCAAAGAAGGACCAGAGACUAUUGCUGCGUUCAUUGCCGAACCUGACAUAGGUGCAGGAGGUGUGAUACGUCCCCCUGCAACUGAUUUUGACAAGGCAAUGGAUAAAGUUUAAACGUUGUAUUCAUGCUACCUGACGGACAACUUAAAAAGAUUGGAGAAAGAGGUGAGAAACAGAUUAGAAGCUAACUGCUCGUCAAGUAAUAUAGUGCAAGCAUUUUCGUUGCUCAUUGGUUUUUCAAAUGGUUACGUAUUCGGAUAUUCCAGGAAAGAUGCAGAGGACUUGUGCAGGGAAAGGAGAAGACUGCUGGAGAUUAAAAGGUGGCAGUUUGCAUAUAUAUCUUGACUGCUGGAAGACCCCACUCCCUUCCUGAAUUUGUUUUGCAGAAGAUUUGUUAAAACAAUCUUAUUCCUUUCAAAAAUAGAUACAAUGUCAGUUGUAUAGUAUAAUAAAGUGAACUCAUGCUAUGGGUUUAAGAUAUGUAACAGGCCAAUCAAGAUCCAAUGUGUUUUAAGUGUAGAAGUUGCAAUUCAAAAUACUGAGUAUUUUGCCUUUCAAGGAGAGUUGCAGAAAAUGGGAUUCUGAUGUUGUAUUGUGUGAAAUUGAAGUUCUAGUCAUUGAUAGAGCUCUUGUAAACUCCAGUUA